AUGGCUGGACUCCAGUACAUGAGUGGUUUUGGGAAUGAGUUCUCCUCUGAAGACCCUCGCUGUCCAGGAUCCUUACCUGAGGGACAGAACAGCCCUCAGGUCUGUCCCUAUGGCCUCUAUGCUGAGCAGCUCUCCGGAUCUGCCUUCACCUGUCCGCGUCCAUCCAAUAAGAGGAGCUGGUUGUACCGUAUCCUACCAUCUGUUAAACAUAAGCCCUUUACCCCGAUGCCAUGUGGGGAUCUAACAGAGGACUGGAAUGAAGUGGAGCCUGACCCUAACCAGCUGCGAUGGUUGCCAUUUAGCAUUCCUAAAUCUACCGAGAAGAAGGUGGACUUUGUGGCUGGUCUGCAUACUGUCUGCGGUGCUGGGGAUGCCAAAUCUCGCAAUGGCAUUGGCAUCCACGUGUACACCUGCAACACCUCCAUGGUUGACAAGUGCUUCAGCAACUCAGAUGGAGACUUUCUGAUUGUCCCCCAGCAGGGUGAGCUCUUGAUCACCACAGAGUUUGGAAAGAUGAGGAUUGAGCCAAAUGAGAUCUGUGUCAUCCAACAAGGGAUGCGAUUCAGCGUGCAUGUGUUUGGAGAAACCAGAGGCUAUAUUCUGGAGGUGUAUGGAGCCCACUUUGAGCUCCCUGACCUGGGACCCAUAGGAGCUAAUGGUCUGGCCAACCCAAGAGAUUUCUUGUGUCCAGUUGCUUGGUAUGAGGAACACAAAGUGCCCACAGGUUACACCGUCAUCAACAAGUACCAAGGGAAGCUUUUCUCCUGCCAACAGGAUUUUUCUCCAUUCAAUGUGGUUGCCUGGCAUGGGAACUACACACCUUACAAAUACAACCUGAAGAACUUUAUGGUUAUCAACUGUGUGGCCUUCGAUCAUGCAGAUCCAUCUAUCUUUACUCUCCUGACUGCCAAAUCCAUGCGACCAGGUGUGGCCAUUGCUGAUUUUGUGAUUUUUCCCCCACGGUGGGGUGUGGCUGACCACACUUUCCGGCCACCGUAUUAUCACCGUAACUGCAUGAGUGAAUUCAUGGGUCUGAUCAAAGGCCACUAUGAAGCCAAAGAGGAGGACUUCCAGCCAGGUGGGGCCAGCCUCCACAGCAUGAUGACCCCACAUGGCCCAGACGCAGACUGCUUUGACAAAAACAGCACUGCUGAGCUUAAACCUGAGAGGGUGGCUGAGGGAACCAUGGCUUUCAUGUUUGAGUCAUUCUUCAGUAUGGCAGUGACCAAAUGGGGUCUAGAAACAUGUCAGAGGCUUGACAAGAGCUACUACCGGUGCUGGGAACCUCUCCACAGCCACUUUAACCCUAACUGGAAACCCAGCAAAAAGUAGAAGGACAAAGUAACUAACUCUUCUGUACUUGUGCCCCAGUUACACUAAUUUUGCAACUAUCCUGUAAUUGUCAUUUGUGGCCACAAUGGCUGUUGAUUAGCAAUAGUUGCAUGGUCUUGCUUUAGAAUGU